AUACAAGAAGACAAGGUGAACUGUUAGAAAAUUCUUUAUGAGACAAUAAAUAUUUGGAGGUCAAAUUUAUUCGACGACGUAAUCACAAUUCGUAUAUAUUGAUAAUAUUUUUAUUUUAAAUAGAUAUACCGAUAUAACGAGCUAUUAAGAUUAAUAAUUUAAUUAAUUGUACAUAGAAAUAUAUUAAAGGUUUUUACUUAUUAUUACGAAAGAAAUAUCUUUUCUAUAUAUCGAAAGAUUUCUGUGAAUAUUAAAUAUUUUCGAACAUAUUUUGAAUCGUAUGUGACUGCGAUCAUAUGAAGAUUAGAUAGAGGAUAUAUUUGUUUAUUUUGAUUGUUAGAUAUGAUCAUUGAGUGAGUAUAACAUAGAAGAAACAUCUAUGAAAAAAAGUAAACAUAAUAAAUUUAUAAUAAACAUAUCUUUAUCGUAUAUUAAAUAAGUUUAAACACAACGCAAAUUAUUUUUAUUCCCGCCUAAUUGACUUAAACGUAACAGGAACAUUGCUUAUGGAAAUGAUAUUUAAUUCAUGAGAUCAUCCACUUUGGUCUGUAAAGUUUCCAACAUAUCGGUAGAAAUAAAUAUCUUAUAUCUAGAUCUCGAAUUAUAAAUUUCCUUCCCAAAGGAAGUGUUUUGUCUAAAUAUAAGAGGAAUUAUUUCAUAGCCGAAUUGUUAUAAAAGGAGUUUAAUAAAUAUAUAGUGUAAUUAUCUUGGUAUAAUUUAAAGAAUUUAGAAAAUGUCUAAAAGAAAAGGUCUGACACUUGAUGAAAAGCGAGCAAGAAUGCUUCAAUUGUUUUAUGAGAGGAGAGAGUUUUUUACGUUAAAGGAGUUAGAAAAAAUUGCACCUAAGGAGAAAGGUAUUGUUACUCAAACUGUAAAAGAUGUUCUUCAAACAUUAGUAGAUGAUGGUCUAGUUAGAUCUGAUAAAAUUGGAACUUCUAUAUAUUUUUGGACAUUUCCUGGAGAGAAUAUAACUGCUAUAGAAAAUAGAAUAGCACAUGCAAGUAAAAGAAUAGUUGAAUCUGAAUUCAAACUUCAAAAACUAAAAGAAGAAUGUAUUAAAGAACAGACUGGUAGAGAAGAUACUGAAGAAAGGCGAAAUUUGUUACAAGAUAUACAACAAUUAAGAGAAAAAGAAAAUGAACUGAAAAGUCACAUUGCUAAACUUAGUGAUGUAGAUCCAGAUGCAAUUGCAAAAAUGGCAGAGAAAGCACAGAUGUUUAAAGAAGUAACCAAUAUAUGGACAGAUAAUAUAUUUGCCAUUCAAAGUUGGUGCAAGAGAAAAUUUGAUAUAUCAGAGCAAGAUCUCAAUAAACAUUUUAGUAUCUCUGACGAUUUGGAUUAUAAGGAAUACCAUAAACAAUGGUUUAUGAUAUGUCGAUACUAUCGCCAUCUUUGUAAUCAAGCGCAACGUAAUUAUUAACUAACUCAGUGGUUUUCACCUCUGAAUAUAAAGAAACAAACAUAACCUUUGAACGAG